AUGGCACUGCUACAGGAUGCUGAGCAGGAGGAGCAGGGCUGGAAACAGGAUUACGAGGCCUUUCUCUCGACCUUGGAGACGUCUGCUGAGGAACACGCCAAGGUCGAGACACAAGCCCUCGCCAAGACGGAACCCCAGAAGCCCAAGGUCGAGAAGCAGAAGGUCGAGCAGAGGUCGGUCAGCCCCGACCUUGGGCACACGCUGGCAGAGGGCAUCAUCCAGGCCGCCAAGGAAGGUGACCUUCAACUCGUCAGGCUGCUGCUGACCUCUGGCUGUGACCUGGGGUCAAAGGACGGGUCUGGCUGGACGGCGCUGCACUGGGCGUGUCAGAAAGGUCACCUUGGAGUGGUGCAGGAACUCCUGAAGGCAGGAGCAGACGUCUUCAGUACUGACCACGCGAGGAAAACAGCGUUGCAUGUAGCUGCCGACCAGGGGCAUGCUGGGAUUGUGGACGCACUGAUCAAGAAGGGAGCUUCUGUCAACAUGCGGGACAAGUCUGGUUUCACGGCGCUGCAUCAUGCGUCAGACCGAGGCUUCGCUGCCGUCGUGGAAAAUCUGCUGAAGGCUGGAGCCAACGUCAACGCAAAGGACCUCAGGAGUGGCUGGACGUGCCUGCACAGGGCCUGCAGUAGAGGCUACCUGUACAUCGUACAUGAACUGGUGAAGGGAAAAGCAGACAUCAACCUCCGGGACGGGGACGGGUUCACGGCCCUGCAGAGGGCGGCCAGUAAAGGUCACAUGGACAUCGUCGACCUUCUGCUGUCCCAUGGAGCUGACGUCAACUCUGCUGACAAGGUGCGCAGACAGGGCAGCGUAAAGGCCUUGAUUAGUGUUAUAAGUUGGUCCUGA